GCCGAAAUUCCCCAUCACCCUUAUCACAAGAUAACUACUCAUUUUUGCGUCGGCGAUACCUGUUAUCAUGGUCAAAAAAGCGUUAUACAAAGCCACCUGUCUGUCGGAACUCAGCAAAUUGGUUCCUCCUCCUGAGAACCUCGGAUCCAUAGAACUGGCUCAGAUUCGCAUGGCAAAAUGUUUUAGACGUGCUUUAGAGCUUAAGGAUAAUGACGAAGAAGUGGCUUACUUACUACUAAGAAGUUGCCACCCAUUCACUCGGAGUGUUCCCUCUCUCCCUGAAAAAGCAAAGCGCUGUCGCCAUGGAUUAUCUUGAAAAGUUACACGCUAGUCUAAAAAUCCGUUAUGACGAAUUAAACGUACAAGAAAACGAACGACUCCGCUUACCUUCUCCCCCUCGCGAGGAGAUUGAUGAAAUACGUGUUACUCCAUCCGACUCCAAGUCACCCAACAAUGAAUGGAUAUCUGUAGAAGAACUGGCAUUUCUUCUACGAAACAAACGAAAAGUGCUCAUUUGUGAUAUUCGUCCAACUCUCGAAUUCUCUGCUUGUCAUUUAAAAUGGGACCGCUUGAUCCACUUUCCAUUUGAUGAGCUUUUUCACGAUGGCCUCACCUUUACCGGGAUUUCUUCUAUCCUCUCCAAAGGCCCUUACAAAGAUCUCUGGAGCGAUCGCGGUCAAAACGAAUUGGUCGUGCUUCUCGACUCAGCUAGUGGCAAAGAUCGUAUGGGGGAGCAACUCACGGUGGUCUUACCUCGUUCGCACCCAUUGCUGGUAAUAAAGAAUGCAAUCUACAAAUGGGAUGCUCAACAUGUUAUCAACGUCGAGCCCCGCAUUUUGGCCGGCGGUAUGGUGAAGUUUGUUCUCAUGUACGCCCCUCUGACCACCAAUGCUGAUUAUCGUAUGCGUGUGCACGAUCCAACGGCGGAAAAGUCAUCAGACCUGCCCGAUGCUGAUCAAAUCGUGUAUCCCAAACCAUUGUUCCCUGACACUGCCUCACUUGAUUCAGAGCCGCAUACUGAUGACAACUCCCUCACACGUUAUCCCGAAACAAAUAAAGAUGCUGUCCAGCCUACUACCGAUAGGCCCCAUCAUAUAGCCAAUCUUCAGGAACACAUCUCAAGACUCCGUUUAACAAAGCCAGGCAUGAAAGCGAACCGUUCGAUUGCUUCUCUGAACCAGACUGUCACUCCCCAAAUCGAUCGAGUUUCAAAGCCCUCCAAAGUACCCUUGGAUACGCGUUCCAAAGAUGGCAUCACGGGCGGACCAUCCGAUCAUUCCAGCGAAACCAGCGACGCCUUCCCAACACACAGAAAAUGCCACAGCCUAGAUAUGCCAACAGAUGAGUUCCAUUCUACUUCACCUCCUGUUGCAAAUGGUGGCGAGGUGUACCCGAUGGAUGUCAACCACAAGAAAAAGGAACAGCUCGCUUCCACAGACUUGCCCACCAUUACGCCUGCCGAAUUGACUGUUUUGCCUCUAGAAAACAUUCUUUCAUCUGUAACAAAUGCGAACGAAUCAACUUUGCCUCUGCCAUCGUGUCACCUUCGUCCCAUUGGGUUGCAGAACCUUGGAAACACUUGCUACAUGAAUGCAGCUCUACAGUCACUGCUUCACACACGCGCUUUGGUGACGUUCUUUUUGCGUGGCUUGGACACAUGUUUCACCAACAGCGAGAACCCGUUGGGUUAUGGUGGUGCUUUGUCCACACAAUUCCAGCGCCUGUUCACGGGGAUGUGGUCAAAAUCCAAUUGCCUUGAUGAGCUGCGCGGGCUCAAGACUCUGGUCACCAAUUCCUUACCUACUUUCGCUGGUACGGAACAACAGGACAGCCUGGAGUUUCUCAUUUUCUUGCUCGAUGGUCUGCACGAGGAUAUGAACGAGGGCUCGUCUGCAGCGAGCACCGCGAACACCUCAGACGUAGAUGCGCGCAAAGUUGACCGGUUGCAGCACGCCUCAAUAGCAUGGAAUGAAUACCUCCGUAGAAACAAGUCGAUCAUCGUUAGUACUUUUCAGGGCCAGCUGUUAUCCACUGUUUGCUGUCAAGUCUGUUCAAGGGAAUCUGCCACCUUCGACACAUUUAUGUACCUCUCUGUGCCCAUUUCUACACAAAGUCCGUGUGAUCUACAGAACCACUAUGGAUCGAUGGAAGCUGGACAUUAUACUGCAUUCUGUCGUGGCGUGUCCGAUGAUCAGUGGUACGAAUACAACGACAGCACAGUCACUUCGAUCCCUGAAAGUGCGUUGGUGAGCAGCGCUGCAUACAUCUUGUUCUAUGAACGCUUACCUAGAUUGAAAGGCGAUGUCUUGUGCAAGAAUUGCUUCUCAUGGUGUUUUGAAGAAGAAGUACACUGGGUUAUAAUAACUGCUGGCCUUUUGGAAAGAGGUGACAGAGUCGCUAUUGGUGCAUCUGGGGGCAAAGAUUCCACAGUGUUAAUACACGUCCUGAAAUCCCUGAAUGACCGCUACGACUAUGGUGUUGAACUUGUGUUGGUUUCCAUCGAUGAAGGCAUUAGUGGAUAUCGGGACGAAUCCCUGAAAGCCGUACAGCGUAACCAGAUACAAUGUGGGCUACCUCUCACGAUACUAUCCUACCAGGAUUUGUUUGGUUGGUCUAUGGAUUCCAUCGUGCGAAGCAUUGGCACAAAGCGAAAUUGUACAUUUUGUGGAGUAUUUCGCCGGCAGGCUUUGGAUAAAGGUGCUUAUAUGAGAUCAGAAGGCGUUAUCCCCAGAAUCAAGCCAUUUAAGUAUGCAUACGAGAAGGAGAUAGUCAUGUAUGCACAUCUGCAUAAUUUGGACUAUUUUUCUACGGAGUGUAAAUAUGCUCCGAAUGCCUACAGAGGAUAUGCGCGCACAUUUAUUAAAGAUCUUGAACGCUUCAGACCGCGUUGUAUCCUAGGUAAAAACGUUUUAUAUCUAACACACUUCAGAUAUUAUCAGCAGUGGCGAGCAGCUAACCGUCCGAAGCGAUGUGAAGACGCUCGUGAGUGAUCCACGGCACUCGGGAACUGAGCUGCAUUGAAGACGCGCGUUGAGGUGACUAACUCGGAGGAAAGCAAGUGAAGCUUGAAUCCCGAUGAAUCCGGUACGCAUACGAUCUAAGUCUCGAUAGGACGGAACGACCCUCCUGUCUGACUUGGUUGCAACGAAAUUCCCCAAACUACUUUAACCAACUCCGCUC